AUGUCUAAGGUAAUCAAACCUAGCAGUGGGAAGGGUUCUAGAAAGAGUUCGAAAGGGCCUACACCGGAUACUAAAAAUUUCAUUAAUUCGAAGAAAAAGGAUCCGAUAAAUAAAGAUAAACCCAAUAAUGCAUCUCAAAACACACCAGCAGUUCCACAUUCACACCCAUCAGAUACGGUUAUUCCAGAUCGUCUGAUCAAAUUAAUUCCGGAGUUGUAUUCAUUUCAACAACUGAUGGAUUCUGAGAAAAGAUUAGACCAUUUUAUUUACCUACGAAACCUACAUAUGAAGCGCAUGUUAGCGCAAUGGGAUAACUCGAAGGCUUCUCAAGAGUUCUUCUAUCCUCAUUUGGAGUCUCCAAAUGUGAAGUAUCUUCGGAUCUUCAUUUCAAAUGUCAGCGAAAGCCAACCUUGGCAACGGGACACGAAUAAUGAGUCUACGCCUAUGGCGUUGGAGAAUGCUACUUGGACGAUGAGAAUCGAAGGUCGAUUACUGGACGGUAUACAAGCCAAUGAUCCAGCAAGAGAGAAGUUUAGCUCCUUCAUAGAAUCCAUAGUGGUGGACUUCAAAAAUAGAGAGAACGACGACGAACCAUCUAUUAAGGUUGAUGAUGUUCCAGCCGAAGAAAAUAUCACCGAAAUACCUAGUGAGAAGAACUUGAAUUUAAGUUUGCCUUUACAAUUUUCUCUGCCGAAUGAUAACAGCUCUACCACUAGUAACAUUGUCCAAAAUAACGUCAUGAUGGCAGAGCAGACUGUUAAAAAAGACAUGGUUUCUACAACACCAAAGUUAGAGCCAGUAAAAUGGCAGUAUGACCCAAAUAAUCCGGUAGAUUUUGAUGGACUUGAUAUUAAGAGGACAGGUUCUGAAAAUGUAGAAUGUACUAUAAGCAUACUGCGAAAGUCAUCCCCGGAAGAGCCGUUUAUGACUUAUUCUCCAGAGCUAGCCAGUGUAAUAGGAUUGAAGAGGGGAACAUUACAUGAUGCUAUAUUCUCAAUAUAUAAAUACAUUCAUCUAAAUGGGUUACUUAACAAUGAUGAGUCUACUUUCGCAAACUUGAUGAGUAAUAGGAACAACUACAAUACCAAUACUAGUACCAAUAAUGUGCUCGAUGCAACACACAAUCAAAUGUCUACUGUAAGGUUAGACUUACAGCUCUCGACCUUAUUGCCUGAAGGUCUUAAGAAGUCUUCACCAUCUACUAUGAAACUGACAGAUUUAAUGGCUCUAAUUAAUACACAUUUACUCCCACUAGAACCAAUUGUAAUUGACUACACAGUACGCGUUGAUAAAGCUUCCACAUAUGGUGAGUUAGUUAUUGAUAUUGAAGUGCCCGAUCUCAAUGCCAUAAAAUUGAAUAACCUACGGAGAGAAAGCCAAACUGGAACCGCUGAGUUGAAUGAAAUCACUAAGGAUUUUGAACAAAUCAAAGCUAAGAUAGCAUCGCAAGACAAAGAGAUAAUUUCUACUCUGUCAGAUUUACACGAAAGUAACAAACGAUAUCGUUUCUUCAAGAAAAUCAGUGAGGACCCAGUUAAGACAUUAAAAGAAUGUAUUGAGUCUACUUCGAAUGCUUUGAAAGUCUUAUCCGGCGAUGAAGGCUAUAAUGAAGAUAUGGUAAGGCGAGCUAGCUUUUACAAGGAAAAUGAGGCAAUGUUACGCGAAAACAUAGAAGUCAUUUUAUCAAAUGGACGAAUGUAG